UAUACCGUCUGGAACCUGACGCAGGCUUGUGUGAUACCCCCAUGGGACUAGGACACAACCACACUUUCCGACCCAUGUGCUAUCACUAAUGUACAUAUUUCGCAUAAUGCUAGGCUGUAACGUCAGGUGGUGGACCUAUGCUUACAGAUGUUGUUGCUAAGACACACGGUCGCUCAUGCGUGGUGGGACAAUUGAUUUUGACCAAUAGCUUGCGCCGAGGUCACUGCACGACCAAUCGGAAGUGAGAGAAACAGAAAAUGACAGCCUCACGUGGGACCAGUGAAUAGACCUUGUAUAUGCCUCAACUCGACUCAAGUGUGUUUCAUUGAACGCUUAUUUUCAUAACAUGCACGUUUGGACACAGAACGCUUGACAUGAAUUGACACGACCAUUUGAAAGCAGGUGUUAGUGUUGUGUAUAUUGUGCUGGUCAACUGUGCUGAGGAUACAGGAGUUUACAGGAAUGGGAGGAAAGAUGCAUCAACUGAAGAUGUACACAAUAGGAGUGAUGUUUGUUUUGACAACAGUGUCGUGUUUGGAACGACCGGAACAAGUGCACAUCAGCUAUGGCGACACCCCCGACCAGAUGGUGGUGUUGUGGUCAACGUUGGAAGACGUUAAGGGUGUUGUCCAAUAUGGCGAGGAUAAGGAGCAGCUUACAGAACAACAGAACGGUUCUGCGACCCGUUUAACACUUGAAAGCUGGAAUGCCCGACAGUACAUGCACAGAGCACAGCUGAAGAAAUUGAAAGCCAAGACGAAAUACUUCUACAAGGUGACCAGUGUUGACGGCACGACUACGGCGGCAUCUCGUAUCUUCAGCUUUACGACGAUGGAUGUGACGACUGCGCGGCGAGCGGCGUUCCUGGUGUACGGCGACCUUGGCGUUGAGGGCAAGGAGACGUUCUCCAGACUUCAACAAGAGGUGGACAGCGGGGACUACGACUCCAUCUGGCACAUUGGAGACUUCGCCUACGACAUGCAAUCUAACGGUGGACUGGUUGGCGACCAGUUUAUGAGAGCCGUGGAAAACAUUGCAGCUAACAUUCCCUACAUGACAUCCCCAGGCAACCAUGAGAUCGCGGGAGCCGAGGAGUUCCUCCACUACCGUACCAGAUUCAGCACCCCCGGGACCCCCUGGCCUAUCCCCCUCAACUCCAUGUGGUACAGCUACAACGUGGGCCCCGUACAUUUCAUCAGUUAUUCCACAGAGGUCUACUUCACGCAUGACCAGAACUAUGUGUGUGAGCAGUAUGAUUGGUUGCUGAAGGACCUCCUACAAGCCAAUCAAAACCGUGGGUCCCAGCCCUGGAUCGUUGCCAUGGGUCACCGGCCAAUGUACUGCUCCAAUAACAACAUCGAUGACUGCACAGGAAGAAUUUUCAGUGGUUGGGUGCGGAGAAGCUUGGAGGAUCUGUUCCACGUCCAGGGCGUUGAUCUGGUGAUUGAGGCACACGAGCACUCCUACGAGCGUCUGUUCCCUCUGUAUAAGGGCAACCUCGUCAGGACGGACUACAACAACCUCACCACCACUGUCCACGUCAUCUCGGGGGCGGCCGGCAACAAAGAAGGCAGCAACAGUAUGGCAAGCAGUUUCAAGCCCUGGUCCGCUUACCGCCACGACAUCGUCGGGGACAACACAUACGGUCGCCUGGUUGUCCACAACUCCACCCACCUGUACUGGGACCAGGUGCGAGCCGUCAACGGAGGCGUCAUCGACUCCAUGUGGCUAGUGCAGUACAACCACGGCCCCUUUGUCAGCAACGUGGACUGUGGGGGAAAGGGAGGCCACUCUUCGUGUCACUGUCCCACACCCUUCCACUACCUGACGGUCGCUAUCUGUAUCCUAGUGGCACUGGUGAUGGUAUUGGUGGGGAUAAUUGCCAGCGUCGUGAUGUGGAGGCGGAGACGGAGAAAUAAGACCUACCAACUCAUGAGUACUGUUGCAGACGAAGACAAUGACAGUCUCCUGUCGUUGUGAUCACAAGAUAUGGAUCUUCUGUCGUUGUUAACAUAAGAUGAGGAUCUUCUUUGGUUAACGGCGUUUUUGCAUAAUGAGGAUCUCCUAUGGCUGUGAUCGCCUAAAGAGGAUCUUCUGUGGUUGUGAUCACACGCCGAGGACCAUCUAUGGAUGCGGUCGCAAGAUGAAGAUCUACAUGUGAUUGCGAAAUGAGGAUCUUCUGAAGUUGUGAUCGCAAGAUGAGGAAUUUUACGGUUGCGAUCACACGAGACGGGACUCACACUAAUCACUUGCACUGAGCGAAGUCAAUCUGUGAUAUGGCUUUAAAGUCACUGUUUGUCAUUUGAAAGAACUGAAAUGAUUUUUCUUAUAUGAAAUGAAUCAUCGUGUUUAUUGCACUCUAUGUAUCCAAACCAAAUACUGCUGUGUUACUCCUAAGCGCAACCUCAUCAAUACUCACUCACUAUUGUGCUACAUAUUUUACCGGAUAGUAUCAAACUCGAAGGUGCCAAGGCGUAGUAAGAGCUGUCAUUCAGUAACGUCCCUUAGUAAAAGGAUGAGAUGUCAUUGAGUAACGUCCCUUAGUAAAAGGAUGAGAUGUCAUUGAGUAACGUCCCUUAGUAAAAGGAUGAGAUGUCACGGAGUAACGUCCCUUAGUAAAAGGAUGAGAUGUCAAAGAGUAACGUUCCUUAGUAAAAGGAUGAAAUGUCACGGAGUAACGUCCCUUAGCAAAAGGAUGAGAUGUCAAAGAAUAACGUCCCUUAGUAAAAGGAUGAAAUGUCACGGAGUAACGUCCCUAAGUAAAAAAUGUCACGGAGCAACGUCCCUUUGUAAAAGGGUGAGAUGUCAAAGAGUAACGUCCCUUAGUAAAAGGAUGAGCAAGCUCCUUCCCAGCGCGUGAAACCUUCGUUACACUCUCGGUAACAUCGCGAUAGUAUAGAGAGCUCCGCGGACGGGCUAUAGCUGCGAGGAGCGUGAAGGAUAAAAUGUCACGGAGUAACGUCCCUUAGUAAAAUGAUGAUAUGUCACGGAUUAACCCCGUGCACUUAGAAACUGGAAGAUAUGAUAGAGUAACGUCUCUUAGUAACAGGAAGAACAAGCUCCUUCCCAGCGGUGACACCACCAUUACACUCUCGGUUCCUUAGUAGCAGGAGAGUCUACAAGAGUAACGUCCACUGAUGUUAGCAACGGGGACAGCUACAAGAGUAACGUCCACUGAUGUUAGCAACGGGGACAGCUACAAGAGUAACGUUCACUGAUGUUAGCAACGGGGACAGCUACAAGAGUAACGUCCACUGAUGUUAGCAACGGGGACAGCUACAAGAGUAACGUCCACUGAUGUUAGCAACGGGGACAGCUACAAGAGUAACGUCCACUGAUGUUAGCAACGGGGACAGCUACAAGAGUAACGUCCACUGAUAUCAGCAACGGGGAGAGCUACAAGAGUAACGUCCACUGAUGUUAGCAACGGGGAGAGCUACAAGAGUAACGUCCACUGAUGUUAGCAACGGGGACAGCUACAAGAGUAACGUCCACUGAUGUUAGCAACGUGGACAGCUACGAGAGUAACGUUCACUGAUGUUAGCAACGGGGAGAGCUACAAGAGUAACGUCCACUGAUGUUAGCAACGUGGACAGCUACAAGAGUUACGUCCACUGAUGUUAGCAACGGGGACAGCUACAAGAGUAACGUCCACUGAUGUUAGCAACGGGGACAGCUACGAGAGUAACGUUCACUGAUGUUAGCAACGGGGAGAGCUACAAGAGUAACGUCCACUAAUGUUAGCAACGGGGACAGCUACAAGAGUAACGUCCACAGAUGUUAGCAACGGGGAGAGCUACAAGAGUAACGUCCACUGAUGUUAGCAACGGGGACAGCUACAAGAGUAACGUCCACUGAUGUUAGCAACGGGGACAGCUACAAGAGUAACGUCCAUAGUAACAGGAAGAGCUGUGACAGAGUAAGGCCUCAUGUUGCUAGGACCCAAACCUCCAUCCCACAGCAACAUGAAGAACCAGGAGUCGUGUAGUCGCAUAUUUAUUGCUGAGAAGGGAAGGGACCUUCACUCAAUUUGUGAUGUAAUAAUCUGUUAAUGACAGCAAGGUGUUUUACAGUGAUCAACGAAGAACGCAUAGUUCCGACGAAUUGAGUACAUCAAGUGUUUUUGAAUGUCAAACAAGACAAUGUCAAGCAGGAAAUAGUGAUUGUUCAAGGGGAGACAUGUGUUUAUGCCAAAAAAGAUCCUUUCCAUUUCACAUUUCAUAGGUUAUUCGAUACCAUCAACAAAGGAUAAUGAUGAAAUGAUAUUAAAUAUAAUCUUGUGAAAAUUAAGCAAGCCUUUUUAAUAGGUUGCGUAUUUAAUAUUUCGAUUGAGAAAUUGUGUUAUAUAUAUGUAUGUAUUUUAACAUAACUCUAAACGUGUUGCUCAAGUCACCUGAUUUACCUAAACAUUUAUUGUUGUGGAAUCCCGGAUAUUUUUAAGCCGAGAGUGAAGUCCUAUAAAGCAUUGUGUGGUUAGAAUCCCCUUCAUUGUAAACAUUUUCAUUGUGUCAUCCUUUUUCAUGGGGUUAAUUCUUAGGCUCUCCUGUUUUACAAAUACAUAUAUUACACAAAUCCCCUAGGAUAUUCUAUCUGUACAAUAUUCAUACAAUGUUCAUGUCAUGUGACCUGCUAUUGUAAAUAAACACUGUGUGCAAGGGUCACACGACCUACUAUUGAAUAAGCAUUCAAAGAAUGAAUGGUAUAUACACUUUAUGAAAGGUUCGCCGUAUGCCAAAUAUAGAGUACCAUGCAUCCCAGGAACCCAUAUCACCUGCUAUUGACUAUCAUGAAUUAAACAAACGCAUGGCAUACCGUGUACACAAGGCUGCUAUCACCUGGUAUUGACAUACACUGCAUACAAGGUUCUACUAACCUGGAUAUCAUGUAUAUAGCAAUGUUCAUUCCUAAUUUCACCAUGUCUAGUCAUUCUGCGCGUCUACCAAUCAGUUAUUUGCUUGUUAACGAGUCUUAAACAUGUAUAUAUAACCUAAUGAGCACCUCACGAGUGUUAAAAACGUUAUUAUUUAUUUAUUUAUCUGUCAAAAUGCACAUUCUUGUUAUUGUUGAUCAUUGUUAGAUAUGUUUGGAUGAGAUCUCAAUUCCAAGUUUACUGGUGGUUUCCUCUGUAAAUACAGAUGCAUAAAUAUGGAUUAAAUUAUUUUAUUGUA